AGGGAGAAGCGUGAAAAAGAAGAUUUUGGAAAUUGAUCUUAAAUAUGAAUAUUGAAGAAGAGAGUCAUAAUCAAUUGAAAGAAGAAUCUAUGCCUACUGUAAAAUCCGAGACAGUUGAGAAGAGGCGUGCACCAAAUAGGUUGGUUGUAGAUGAUGCAAUAAAUGAUGACAAUUCAGUGGUAUGUCUAAGUCCACAGAAAAUGGAACAAUUGAAACUAUUCAGAGGUGAUACAGUACUUUUAAGAGGUAAAAAGCGUAGAGAUACGAUCUGCAUUGUGUUAGUAGAUCCUGAUUUAGAUGAAGGGAAGAUCCGCAUGAAUAAAGUUGUUAGGAAGAAUUUGAGAGUUCGACUAGGUGAUACAAUAUCUGUAUUAGAAUGUGGAGAUGUUCCUUAUGGUAAGAGGAUCCAUGUUUUACCUUUUGAUGAUUGCUUGGAGGGUAUUACAGGAAAUCUUUUCGAUACAUACUUGAAGCCCUAUUUUUUAGAGGCUUAUCGUCCUGUUAAGAAGGGAGACGUGUUUCUAGUUAGAAGUGGAUUCAGAGCUUUAGAAUUUAAAGUUGUUGGUGUGGAUCCAGAAGAUUAUUGUAUUGUAGCUCCUGACACUAUUAUUCAUUGUGAGGGGGAUCCAAUUAAACGUGAAGAUGAAGAGCGUUUGGAUGAUAUUGGUUAUGAUGACAUUGGAGGUUGUAGAAAGCAGAUGGCUCAAAUCCGUGAGAUGAUUGAAUUGCCUUUACGUCACCCAGGAUUAUUUAAGACUUUGGGUGUUAAACCUCCCCGUGGGGUUUUAUUAUAUGGUCCUCCAGGAUCUGGGAAGACUCUUAUUGCAAGAGCUGUAGCAAAUGAGACAGGGGCCUUUUUCUUCCUUAUUAAUGGUCCUGAAGUAAUGUCUAAAAUGGCUGGUGAGGCUGAAGGAAAUCUUAGGAGAGCUUUUGAGGAGGCAGAGAAAAAUUCUCCAGCUAUAAUUUUUAUAGAUGAGAUAGAUUCUAUUGCUCCAAAACGUGAGAAAACCCAUGGUGAGGUUGAAAGGCGUGUAGUGUCACAGCUAUUAACCUUGAUGGAUGGUUUAAAGGGAAGAGGUCAAGUAGUUGUCAUAGCAGCUACAAAUCGUCCCAAUUCAAUUGAUGCAGCCUUACGUCGUUUUGGUCGUUUUGAUCGUGAGAUUGAUAUUGGAGUUCCUGAUGACAAUGGACGUUUGGAAAUUAUCCGAAUCCAUACGAGGAAUAUGAAGUUGGCCAAAGAUGUAAAAUUAGAUGAUAUUGCAGCUAAUACUCACGGAUUUGUUGGUGCUGAUUUAGCUCAACUCUGUACAGAAGCUGCUUUAUGUUGUAUUCGUGAGAAAAUGGAUAUCAUAGAUAUGGAAGAUGAUAAUAUCGAUGCAACUAUUUUGGAUUCAAUGGCUGUUAGCCAAGAUCAUUUUAAUACAGCCUUAGGUGUAUGCAAUCCUUCAUCAUUACGUGAAACUGUUGUGGAAGUUCCAAAUGUGAAGUGGGAUGAUAUUGGUGGUCUAGAGGAUGUUAAGAGAAAUUUGCAAGAAAUGAUAUUGUAUCCAAUUGAACAUCCUGAGAAGUUUGAAAAGUUUGGGAUGAGUCCUUCUCGUGGGGUUUUGUUUUAUGGCCCUCCUGGUUGUGGUAAAACACUGUUAGCUAAGGCAGUAGCAUCGGAGUGUUCUGCAAAUUUUAUAUCUGUUAAAGGUCCUGAAUUAUUAACAUUAUGGUUUGGUGAGAGUGAGGCAAAUGUACGUGAGGUUUUUGAUAAAGCUCGUGCAGCUGCUCCAUGUGUCUUGUUCUUUGAUGAACUUGAUAGUAUUGGUACCCAGAGAGGAAAUAGUAUUGGAGAUGCAGGAGGAGCUGGAGAUAGAGUUAUGAAUCAGCUCUUAACAGAAAUUGAUGGUGUAGGUGUUAAAAAAAACUUAUUCUUUAUUGGUGCUACUAAUAGACCUGAGAUCUUGGAUGAAGCCUUGCUACGUCCUGGAAGAUUAGAUCAAUUGAUAUAUAUUCCACUACCAGAUUUACCAGCUAGGAUAUCUGUAUUACAGGCAAUUUUACGAAAAUCUCCAAUAUCGAAAAAUGUACCAAUAUCAUUCCUUGCUCAGAAGACAGAAGGUUUUUCAGGUGCAGAUUUAGCUGAGCUGUGUCAGAGAGCCGCAAAGGCAGCUAUUAGAGACGCAAUUUCUGCAGAAGAACUUAGAAAGUCGGCCGGUGAAGAUGCUAUGGCAGUUGAGGAUGAAGAGUUUGUAUAUGAAAUUGGUAGGAAACAUUUUGAAGAAGCGUUUGCUGGUGCUAGGAGAUCUGUAAGCAUUGCUGAUCUUGCGAAGUAUGAUCAAUUUAGGAUGAAAUUUGAUCCUGUUUAUGUUACUCAGUCUGGUGGAGAAGGUGUCACUGUUGAUUGGCCUGAUAGUACUCACACGCAAUUCUCAGUGCCAAUUGAUGAUGAUAACGAUCUAUAUUCAUAAAUACAUAUUUAAUGUAAACCGAAAUCAAAUAAAGUGCACAGGAGACGAAACUUGUGGAGUGUUAAGGGAUAUAAUCAGAAAUAAAUAUUAGCUAUCCAAGAAAUACAUAAGAUUCUCUUAUUUCCAAGAUAUAAUGUUUUAUUUUUAUUUUUAGAAUUCCAUCAUAUUAAUCAUCAAUUAUUUUCUGUCUUUAUUUCUUGUAUUUAUUCCUAAUUUUAACUUAAAUCAAUAAUAAUCUCAACUUUUGGGAUACCACAUAUAAUAGAAAAUUUGCUAAGAAACUAUGUGAAGUAUUUAAGAUUGUUAGGUUAACUUUUUCUUUUUGGAAGUGAAAAUAUUUUGGAUUUUUUUAAGUAGUAGUUUAAUUACAAAGAUAUUAGAAAUUCGUUGAUUUAAGAAAGUUGCUGAUGAUUUAAGAAACAUGGUAAAAUGGUCGGCUAGCUUGCAUCAAGGUCAAUUGAGCUGCUAAUAUUCUAGUAUAUUUUGGGCUUUCUCUGAUUGAUUAAAUGAGUAUAGCUAAUUAAAUAUGGAAUUUUAAAUUCUUAAAUUCUCUAUAUAUUUAAUAAAUAGGUGAUCUCAAAAAUAACCUACAUAACCUGCUACUUCAUUCUAUUGCACAAGAUCAUUAAUAUUAGUGAAAUUUUGGAUGUUGACAUAUCCUAAAAGGUGUAAAUAAUUUGUUUGCGCAAUAUUAGCCGAAUUAGUGGAGUCCUAACUUUUGUCUUAUUCU